AUGGAUGAAGUACAAAUGGAAACGGCGAGAAUACAAUCUCCCAAAUCAUAUUUAUACACUACUUUAGCAACCACUCAUCUUGGAGAAAUUGCGUCAUGUAUAAUAUCAAUAUUAAUAUCUAAUGGGAGAUUAACUGCUAGAGAAAUUAGUAAUCGUACGAAAAUCCCUACCAAAAAUAUCAAAUCGGCUUUAGUAUCAUUAAUUCAAUUGAAUUGUAUAUAUUAUUGGCAAGAAGAAAAAGAUCGGAAAUUUUAUUAUUCAUUGAAAGAAACUGGAUUAUUAUUAUUUGUAUAUAGUGGAGAUAUUAUUAAUCAUAUUAAAAGACAAUAUGGAGAAGAUGAAGCAGAAAUCAUUCAAAAUAUAUUGAUUCAUGGACAUGUUAAAAUUGAAGAUUAUUUAACGCAAUUUAAUCAUGAUAAAUCAAUGAAAAUUGAUCAAGAAAAUAAAUUUUUGAAAUUAUUUAAUGAUAAUUGGUUAAUUAAAUUACAAGAUUAUCAUUUCCAUUCAUUAGAUGAUAUAUGGCAUAAAAUUUUUGAAGAAUGUUUGAAAGAUACACCAAGAUCAUCAGUUACUUCUGAAAUUAAACGAGUUGCUGAAGCUCAAGCUAAAGCAAAAGUAAAAUUAAAUACAUUAUUAGAAUCAGGUACCACCGGAGGAGGUGAUAUCUUUACUGAGGUGAAUGGGAUGAAAAAAUUGAAACCAGAUUUGGUGGUUACAUUCAAUUUAUCACGAUUUCAAAAACAUUUACGAACUAAUGCAUUUGUCAAUAUGGUUAGAUCAAAAAUUGGUGUAUUGACAGCUAUUGUUUAUGAUGCCGCUUUAAGGUAUAUUGAAAAUAAGAGUCCACCCAUGGAUUAUCCAUUAUUGGAUAUUCCGGGACUAAUUAAUGAUCCUAAAGAUGUUAAAGAAUAUAUUCUUUCUAUUGAAAAUAAAUUGGUUAAUGAGAAAAAAAUCACCUUUUCAGCAAGAGACAUUCAAAGACUUUUACCUAAAGAUAUAGAUUUUAAAAAUUCUGUCAUUACUCCAACUUUUGCCAAACCGAAAAGACCACUUGAAAAUGGAUCAUCGCCAACUUUGAAAAAAAUCAAACUUGAAGAUGGUAUUGCUUCGUCUACUUCCACUUCCACUUCUACUUCCAGCUCAACGUCAUCAAAUGGUACUUCAAUUGAUUUAAACACUUUGGAACAACAUUUGAAAUUAUUACUUAAUGGUACGAAUACGGCAUUUGUCAAUGAAAUAUCACCUGGUAAUUAUACUAUUCCAUUUUCACAUUUAACCAACAUUUUAAAACAAAAUAAUUUUGAAGCAUUAGUUAAAGCCACAUUAGGAGAUUAUGCAUUUAGAAUUUUACGAUGUGUUAAAUCAAUGAAAUUAUGUGAUGAAAAAUCUAUAUGUAAUGGAGCAUUAUUAAAAGAAAAAACCGUUAGAAGUGAACUUUAUCAUUUAAUUAAAGCUAAUAUAAUUGAAAUUCAAGAAGUUCCUCGUAGUGCUGAUAGAGCAGCUUCAAAAACUUUUUAUUUAUUUCGACAUAAAUCAAAUAGUAAUUUCAAUUAUUUGAAAAAUUGUUUAAUUUAUGAUAUGGCAGAAAUUUUAAAUCGAAUUCAAGAUUUUAAAUUGGAACAUAAAAUUUUAUUAGAAAAAUAUAAAUUGGUGGAAGGUCAAGAAGAUCAAUAUUUACUUGAUCGUGAAUUAAAAUUAUUAAAUGAUUUACAACUUCGAGAAAUUAAAAAUUUGGUUAAAUUUCAAAGAAUUAAAAGUUUAUACAGUCUUUAUAGUUUAGUUGAUUAA